UACCAUAGUAAUGCCUCCAAAGUCUGUAAUAAGAAAGAUACAUUACGUGGUCAUCACCUAACGAAAUUAAACUGGCACAUCGGGUUUCCCGAUUGCACAGACGGUUCACCUUUUCAAAUGAACCUGUUUAUUUUACAUUAUGGUAUCACAUUUAAAUAGCCAAAUUUUAGUUUAUUUAUUAUAUGGUUUACUCUGGUCUGUGCAUUGUAAUAUCAUCAUAAGAAACGAAGACAUCUGUGGUGUGCACAAUGGUCGUCGAUUAUAUCUGGAACUGGGAGAAAAGGGUACUUUGUAUGCAAAGAACGUGUCAUUCAUCAAGAAUUCACCAAGACAACAGAAUUCACGACUGUACAUGACUAAUAGUUCUCACGAUCAGUGUAGCUUGGAGCUCGUGACCUGUCCGUCCUGUGCUAUCACCGUGACGUUCAAGAACCUGGCCUUGCCUCAUUCAUGCGGUGACAGUGGUAUGAUGAUGGACAGUCCAUGCAGAUGUGAUUAUGUCUGGAUCUCAGAACCACCUUAUGAAGAUAUCUCUGGAACUCCUUACUGUGGCCUUUACAGUCCUAUCACGUAUCGAUCAAGCACUCGAACUGUCUCUAUUACAUUGUUCUAUAGCAAAUCACAUAAACAUGCAUUCACCCUUGAAUACACUUCAGAAAGAAAUAAGGUACAUUUAAAAGGAUGGGAUUUGAUGAAUUCAAAAGGAUUUAAUAACACAGUUGGUGGAGUUCUUACUUCUCCUUUUUUCCCAGCAAGGUAUCCAAGAGAUCUAGGUGUUGAAUAUAUCAUCACGUGUCCUACAGAGGCACACUCUUGUCGCAUUCGAGUACUAUUUAGCGAUUUUCAACUGGCAACAGUUUCUAUCAUUGAGUUUUAUGACUGGAAUGGACAGCGAUUGGAUGUUAGCAGUGGUGCACGAUUUCGUCCACCAAUAAUUGUUAGUUCUGGUCCUUCAUUGUUGAUCAGAUUUUAUGCUAAUGGUGGUACUGGACUUGGAUAUAAAGCAUUUUAUUCCUACAUCUUAGGAAAUAAAUAUGAUAAAACAAUCCAACCAAUCACAGAUUGUGGUGGAUACGUAGAAAAUUUAGGUGGUACUAUUACAAUGAUGGAUAUGGUAGUCCAAGGUUUAAAAACAUAUGACUGUGUUUGGCUUAUUAGACCUCCAAAAAAUUUUUUACAUACAAAUACCCACAUGUACAUUAAAGUUGUUACAUUUUCUGAUAUGGCAGGUAAUACGGAACUGACUAUAAGACAAGGACCAACAUCUGCAUUGUUGCCAUUAGAAGUCAUAAGACAUCCAACAAAUCAACUCCAACCGUUAAGAUUGAGAGAACAUGUAGCUCCAAUCACUAGUGGGUUUCAUGUUAGUCUUAGAGGUGUUUUUGGUGUCAAUUCCAGGGUUGCAAUUGCUUAUGCUGCUUUUGGAUAUAUGGAUUGUUUCUCUGGAUCGGAUUUUCUUUGUCAAAACCAUCGAUGCAUUCAAAGCCAAUUGAAUUGUGAUGGAUUUGAUCACUGUGGUGAUAAUAGUGAUGAACCAGCAUCUUGUUUUAGAGAUUGGGAUAUAGAACCUAGAAAUGGCAAAUGGCACGCAAACAAAGCCAAUUAUUAUUUUCCAAAAAUUGAUCGAUAUCCAGACUUAAAAACUGCAACAUUAGUAUUUGUUGCAAGUAGUCUAGGUCUUAUAAUUCUCAUUUCCGCCUUGAUAGUUUUAUUAUAUAGAAUGGGAGCAAGAUCACGGCAACAAAGAGAACUUCAAUCUCGAUUGCAGACGAUCAGUGAAUUGUUAGAUCGGACAGUCUUCGAUAUUGCAGAUGGUGGAAGAAUUGAUGAAAUAACUGUUCAUGAUGAACCACCUGUUUAUGAAGCUCCUCCAGGCUAUGAUGAAGUAAUAAAAAUUGGAUUUGAGAAUGAAGGGUUUCGAAAAAAAAAGAAACGUGCUCCUAGACAAGAACUAGGACAUCAUAGUUCUUCCAAUCAAAGAUCUCUAGACUUAGGUACAACUUCACAACCAAGGGUCGAUUCUAUCGAUAUAAACAGAAAUCAUGAGAACAAUUCUGUUGUAAUACCAACUAGUGACUCUAAUUCAGUUAUUCCUCAAAGCCCACCUCCACCUUACAUAACACCUUCUGAAAGUGUUCUUGAAAAUUUUGGAGUUCUUCCAUUAUGUCGACAUAAUGUUACCCGUACAUCGGUACCAGUAAGUGCUAGAGGUGAAAGAGUUAGACGAGCUUGGCGGCAAAAUAGUGAACAUCGACGUUCUUUCCCUUGUUCGGAUGAAUCCAAUAUCAUCUAUUUGAAUGCAUCUGUUGAUUUUGAAACUAUUAGUUCAUAUCUUCGGCAUUACACUUCAAGGCCAAGUACAUCUAGUGAUACUUUUGAAGCAAAUAUUAAAAUUUUGCAAGACCCAGACAGUAGUAUGAGGCAAAGAUUUAUUGAAAACUUGAGAAGUGAAGAAUCUACAGAGUCUUCAAGAAGUAGUGACCAACAAGAUCAACAAGAAGCCCAUCAUAUUAAUUGCACUUGUGAAGGAGCUUGUGGGUGUGCUAAUGAAAUACAAGAGCCAGAAGUUAAAUCUGAAGAAUACUGUCCUAAACAAACGAUUCUUAAAUUAUUUAAAUCAAGUAAACCUAACUUGCAAAAUUUUAACUAUACAACUUUAUCAACAACUCCUUCAAUAAAAAUUUUGCCAUCAGAUGAGUUGGCAGAACCUAGAACAAUUUCAGCUUGCUCUGGUGAAGCGCAUUAUUCUCGUAAGACCUCUCUAAGUACUUGCUGUACUCCUGAUGUAUUUGAAAUUAUGUCGAUAGCAUCAGCAACUCAUGCAACCUCUGAUAAUGUCAGUGAUUCGUCGAAUUCGCCAAUAUUUUCUCCUAUACACGAUGCGAGAAGUGCAAUUGAUAUUUUCCGAGAUGGAAAUGUUAGAAGUCGUCAGCGAUUAAGGAAAUAUAUCAGUUAUGAUGCAGAAAACUUUUAUGAGAGUCUCAAGAAUAUAGAUAAUUUCAUAGCUAGACGAAAUAUUCAGCAUAAUCGAUCAAAAAGUAUGUCAGCUACUGCGUCACUUUUUGGAACACCUACAUUCUCAAGACGUAGAUAUCAUGGGAAAAAUCAAGCUGGAUUAUUCGAUUGUGUGCGUGGUUGGAAAUCUAAUGAUGAUACUCUUUCAAGUUGAGUUUCAUUAAUUAUCAUAAACUGUUCUAGUCAGUUUUCUCCUUUUUUUUCAAAUUUAUUGAAGUUCUUUCAAAGAUACUUCCAACUUUGUACGAUGAGAAAUUAGCAAAAAUUUCUUUUUUGAUUUGAGUUUUGAAACUUCUCAGCAAUAAAAUGUUUGAAUCCAGCAGUUAUAUUGUAUCCGUUAGAUAACAUGUCAAAACCUGUUUUGUUAAGAAAAGAUAGCUCGCGUUCUUGCAGUGAAUUUGGUAAAUUAAGAUAUACGAAACACAAUAAAUUUAACGUCGCAACACAUAAUCUUCAAUGUUAUCUUCAAGCGAAUAGAGACGUGUUUCGUACAAGAUUAUUUACAAAUUCUAAGAGCUGAAAGAAGAAUAAUUACAAUAAACCUUUACAUCAGAUUAAUUUAUGAACGAAAGCUCUUACAAUUUUUGCGAAGAAUUUAUUUAUCACUUGAGAUGGAUGAAUUUUAUUUUCUUUUAAUCAAUGAAACCAAUUUAAUUUACAAUUUCAUUCAUCUGAAAUCAAAAAUGCAACUUGUAAGUGAUUUAUUGAUCGUUCUUGUUAAACUGUACUAAAAUAAAU